AGUUAGCGGGUCGGUGUGGGAAAGAGAGAGUUAUCGCAGAUCACCGCACACUUGCAUCAAAAUGAGUUCCAACAGGAAGCUUAAACGUAUUGAUGUUCCUUCAGAAAACAUAAAGAGCUUUUUUACUGGAGCCACUCCAGGUGCACGGCCAGAAAGGAGAACCCUGCAAGUCCUUCAGCCUUCUGCCGUCAACGAGAGUCUCGGAAGAGCGCGAGAGGCAGGGAAGAGCGUCCCGAAAAGAAAACUGUGGAGCGCAGAGCAAGUGAAGGGCUCAAAAAGGAUUAAAGCUGAAGUCGCUGUGCGAAAUGUCGAAAACGAGAACGAGUCUGAAGGGAUGACAAAGGAGGCUUAUGAGCUGCUGGUCAAAGAAACCCCACCAUCCACAUACUGGAAGGAGGUGGCCGAGGAGAGGCGGAAAGCCCUCUACAACGUCCUCCAGGAGAAUGAGAAGCUGCACAAAGCGAUUGAGGCCAAAGAGGAAGAGAUCUCGGCGCUGCGGAGCGAGAACGAGGAGCUGCAGGAGCUGGCGAAGCACGUCCAGCACAUGGCCGACAUGAUCGAGAGGUUAACUGGGAAGAGCCCGGAUGGUCUGGAAGAAGUGAGAAAUCUCUCUUUUGUGGCAGAGGAUGAUGACGAUGAGGAGGAGGAGGAUGAUGAGCCAGAGGAGGAGGAGGAAGAUGAAGCAGCAGAAGAUGAUGAUGAUGGAGCGCAGGAAGAUAAGUUGAGAUGUGAGGAAGAGGAUGGCUCAGACUGGGCUCCAGAGGAGGAAGAUGAAGCUGAAUAAAAUGCUGGCAGUAAGGAGCCAGCUUGUCUCAGGAUGUGCAUAAGACUGGAACUUCCAACACUGAGGGACCUGUAGGUUUGAGCAAUGACGCCCAAACCUUGCUGCUACUUUGUCUAGUGGCUUUUUUAUAGCCUUACUGCCAUGUGCAAUGUAAUUACCGUUUCAUUUCCUUGUUUGCUGGGGGAUUCAAUUUCCCAACUGCCUUUUUUAGUAGUAAUUUUUAGCCCCUGCUCUUAG